AUGACCGAUUUAAUGUCAGACGAUAUCGGGGAUAAGGGCUCAACGGUUUCUUUGCAUCAUGAUUUUAUGCGGAAAGCUCUGGCACUUGCAGAAGAGGCAUACGAAAAUAAAGAAGUUCCUGUCGGAUGUGUAUUCGUUCUUGAAGAUGGGAAUGAAAAGAUUAUUAUUGGUAGCGGACGGAAUCGAACGAACGAAACAGAAAAUGGGACAAGACAUGCAGAACUAGAGGCAAUCGAUGAAAUCCUUGCAUCUCAAAAGUACACAA